AUAUUUAGAACGACUUUUUGGCAACAAACAAAUUAUUGGAAUAACGCGCUUAAAUGGCAUGUAACGUAUCCGAUUGUCCCUACGGUAAGAAAUGCUACAGAAAAAAUCCGGAACACUUUAAAGAGUUUAAUCAUCCCCAUCUCGAUGAGCCUAAAGCCAAAAAAGCAAAAGUAGAAGAAAACAAAAUAACCGAUCCAGAAAUUGAGCUUGAUAAAAAUUCUCCUGAACCUAACAAUGAAUCUGAAGAAGAGAAGCAAUCGGAAAGCGAAACAGUAGAAGAUGAUGAUAAACUAGACUCGACAGAUAUAUCAAAUGUAAUUAAAUUGAAGUACAAGGUAGCUAUGCCAAAGGAUUUCUUUGAUUUCUACGAAUUUGCUAAAUCAGUUAACUCGAAAAAUCCUUGCGACGCUUUAAAUUCAAUUAAUUUAACGCUUGUUGGACCAUUUGAAUUUCUAAGUGGUCAGUACAAGAGACAUUCUAAGAAAACAUGUUAUCUUACUUAUUGGCGCUAUUACUACGAUCCACCCGAAUUUUUAACUGUUGUUCAGGGCGAUAAAAGAGCUCAAUUUCACAUUGGAUAUUUCAGGGAUGAUCCUGAAAAUAUGCCGGACUUUGUGGCUUUCAACGAAGCCAAAAAUUCGUGUCAAAUUAAACCUAAAGGAGAAAAUCUAUUUGCAGCCAUAAAAUGCUAUAUCGACGGUUUCGUUAAAGAAAACCCUAUAAAAAAGACCCACGCUAUAAAGAUUCUGACCGAUUUAGGGGAGUAUGCCAAGAAACUCUCGUAUUCUCUCGACGUUAAAACUCCAAAAAUGAAAAAGAGAGAUAAAUUAGUCAACAGCAAAACGUUUCACGGCGCUGGUAUCUGUGUACCUGUAGAUGAUAAUGAUAUUGGAUAUAGGCCUUUACCCGAUACUCCAGGUGAACUAAAGAAAAUAUUGAAGAAGAUUGAAAGUUCUGAGGAAGGAGCCGAAAGAAAUAAAGCGUUCGAUCCUCUCAUGGAAACAAUUAUGUGUGUACAGUUUGCGAAUGAUGAGUGCGACUACGGUCAAGGCUUAGAGUUGGGCAUAGAUCUAUUUUCGUACGGAUCAGAUAUAUUUCAUUCUCAGAUUCUCAACGUACUGCCUUUAGCCUAUGAAUUACUUGGAAGAAAUGAAUACGGAGAAAUAAUUAAAGCUCAUCUGAAGAAUAGAAAGGUGGUACUUCCUUAAGAAAGAUAGAUUCGAUUUACCACUAAUACUAUUAUUAAAUAUUGUGUAAAGAUAUUUUAAACUCUAAAAACCUUGGAAGAAAUACGCUGUCUUUUUUCCUAUUAAUAUUAUAUUUCCGGUCGUCAUGUCAUACUUAAAUACUUGUUUCUUUAUUAUUAUUAAUAAUAAAGCAAAUGUACAUUUAGAGAUCUCCAAUGUAUCAGAUAACGCCGGAUUCGACUAUUAUCACGCCACCUAAUAAUAUACAUUGAUACAAUCAAAAAUAUGUAUUUAUAAACCAUAUACAGAAUAU